AUGUGUGGCAUUUGCUGUUCCGUAAGCUUCUCUGUUGAGCACGCCAGUGAAGACUUAAAGGAGGAUGUACUGUAUAAUCUUAGACGACGGGGCCCCAAUAGUAGUAAACAGCUGUUAAAAUCUAAUGUUAACUAUCAGUGCUUAUUUUCUGGUCAUGUUCUUCAUUUGAGAGGUGUUCUGACACCCCAACCUGUGGAAGAUGAAAGUGGCAAUGUGUUCUUAUGGAAUGGAGAAGUUUUCAAUGGAGUCAAAGUUGAAGCGGAAGACAGUGACACUCAGGUUAUGUUCAAUAGCCUUUCUGCCUGUAGCAGUGAGUCUGAUAUUUUGUCGCUCUUCUCUAAAGUCCAAGGUCCUUGGUCUUUUAUAUAUUAUCAAGCCUCUAGCCAUUCCUUAUGGUUUGGUAGGGACUUUUUUGGACGGCGUAGCUUGCUUUGGCGUUUUAGUAAUCUGGGCAAGAGUUUCUGCCUUUCUUCAGUUGGUGCCCAGAUAUCUGGAGUUGCAGACCAGUGGCAAGAAGUCCCAGCAUGUGGGAUUUUCCAAAUCGACCUUAAUUCUGCUGCUGUUUCCAGAUGUGUGAUUUUUAAAUUAUAUCCUUGGAAAUAUGUUUCUAAGGACAAUGUUGUUGAAGAAUGUGCUAAUGACCUGACUCGGACUCCAGCAGGAUUGCCAGCAUGUGUAUCAGUGGUAGCAAACGAAGCCAAGCUGUACCUUUCAAAACCUAUUGUUCCCUUAAAUAAGAAGCUGCCUCAGGUUCCAUUGAAAACUCACUGUGGAAACAGUUGCAGCGUUCCAGGUUCAAGAGAGACACUGGAUGCAUUUCUUACAGAUGAAUAUAUGAAAAAAGUAGUUCAGCAGUUCAUUGAGGUCCUGAAUGUUGCAGUCAAGAGACGAGUCUUAUGUUUAGCUAGGGAAGAAAACCUGACAUCAAAGGAAGUUUUGAAAACUUGUAGUAAAAAAGCAAGCGUUGCAAUCCUGUUUUCUGGAGGCGUUGAUUCAAUGGUGAUCGCAGCCCUUGCUGAUCGCCAUGUUCCUUCAGAUGAGCCAGUUGAUCUUCUGAAUGUGGCUUUCAUGACUAAACGAAAGACCAGGCCACCUAUUGCUAAAGUAGAAAGAAAACAGCAAAAGCUCCCUAACAUCCCUUCUGAAGAGCCCUAUCAGGGUACUGCCGUGCCUCAGGAUCCCGAUGACGCUGAGGUGCCCGACCGAGUGACAGGAAAAGCAGGACUAAAGGAGCUACAGUCUGUCAACCCUUCUCGAACUUGGAAUUUUGUUGAAAUUAAUGUUUCUCUUGAAGAACUACAAGAACUAAGAAGAGCUCGAAUAUGUCACUUAGUUCAGCCAUUGGACACAGUUCUGGAUGACAGCAUUGGCUGUGCUGUCUGGUUUGCUUCCAGAGGAAUCGGUUGCUUGGUGACCCAGGAUGCUGUGAGAUCUUAUAAGAGCAGUGCAAAGGUGAUUCUCACUGGGAUUGGUGCAGACGAGCAGCUGGCAGGUUACUCCCGUCAUCGGGUCCGCUUUCAGUCUCUUGGUCUAGAAGGGUUGAAUGAGGAAAUAGAAAUGGAACUGGGUCGCAUUUCUUCUAGAAACCUUGGUCGUGAUGACAGAGUUAUUGGUGAUCACGGAAAGGAAGCAAGAUUUCCUUUCCUGGAUGAGAAUGUUGUGUCUUUCCUAAAUUCCUUGCCAGUCUGGGAAAAAGUAGACCUGUCUUUGCCCCGUGGAAUUGGUGAGAAGCUUAUUUUACGCCUUGCAGCUAUGGAACUUGGUCUCCCAGUCUCUGCCCUUCUCCCAAAACGGGCCAUACAGUUUGGAUCUAGAAUUGCAAAACUGGAAAAAACUAACGAGAAAGCAUCUGAUAAAUGUGGAAGACUCCAGACCCUACCUUAGAGACCUUCUCUCAAAAUUACAUCAUAAUAUGAUUCCACCAUAUAACAACAUUUUGAUAC